GCGAAAACCGGGUCGUACCCAAAAUCAAAGACCCGCUUGGAAUUCGUUUUUCUCAAGUAGGGUUUAUGCUCCACUAACAACCCCACAGUCUCACACAGCUUCUACAAGCAGUGAGACCAGAACGAGACAGAGAGAGAAAGCAUCAUGUGGAGGUCAGUCAAGGCGGCAAGAGCCUCUCUUUCCAGCAAAGCUCUGUUACGGAAUCUCUGUGGAGCUCAAAAUCAAAAUCCUAUUUUUCCUUCAUUCGAAUCUCUAAACCCCAUUUCACACCCGAUCUUCUCCAGUAGAUCAUCCUAUGUUUGUAAGCAGCCGAGGUUCUUCUCUCAAAUCUCUGCAACCCCAAGUGAUUCUGACCACAAUCUAUCCGAACCCACCGAGAAUGGCUUCGUUUCUGCUGAAGCAGAGCAGGCUUCGGUGGUUUUCGGUGAAAAUGAUGGUGCCCAAGUGAACGAUGUUUCCAUCGAGGAUGGUUUUGAUGGGGUUUACGAUCAAUCUCACGAGAAUAUAGUGGAAGAUAAUGGGGAAGAAAUGGAGGAAGAGGAACAAGAGGUUCACGAGAUUGAUUUGGAGAAACUGGAAAAUUUGCUGUCUUUGCUUCAGAGUAGUCCUGAUGGGUCUUUGGAAUCGAGUCUCGACGACAUGGGUUUGACUCUGCAUGAAGAGUUUGUGAUCAGAGUGCUAGAAACCCCACUUGUUCUGGGCGAGAAUUUGAUCAGGUUUCUCAGAUGGGGAUUGAAGGAGGAACCUGAGCUCAAAGUGACCGCACGUGUUGUUGAUGCUCUUGUUCUUGCUAUAUGCAGCAAUCUCAAGAAGAAGGAAGCAUAUUAUUUAUGGGAUUUGAUCAAGGAGAUAGGAGAGAAGGAAAUUGAAGGAGUUUUGAAUGUGGAGAGCCUUAAUGUAUUAAUAGCUCAGUUUUCGAAAUUGGGUAAAGGAAAGGCUGCUCUGGAGGUUUUUGACAAGUUUGGUGAAUUUGGCUGCGUUGCAAAUGGUGAUACAUAUUAUUUCACCAUUGAAGCACUUUGUAGGCGCUCUAUGUUUGAUUCUGCUUGCUUGGUUUCUCAGAAGAUGAUCGAUGCAGAAAUCUUGCCUGAUGGAGAAAAAGUUGGUAAGAUUAUAUCUUGGUUUUGUAAAGGUAGUAAGGCUAAAGAUGCCCAUUUGGUUUAUAUAUUAGCUAAGGAAAGGAAGCUGUAUCCACCUCGUAGUUCAGUCAAUUUUUUGAUCGGUUCACUGUGUAGGGAGGAUCAAACUGUGAAAUUAGCUCUAGAAAUGUUAGAUGAUUUUGAUGGAGAAGCACGAAAAUAUGGCAUUAAGCCGUUUUCAGCUGUAAUUCGUGGUCUUUGUAGGAUGAAAGAUGUUGAAGAAGCCAAAAAUUUGCUUCUUAAGAUGAUUAGAGAGGGUCCACCUCCUGGAAAUGCAGUUUUCAAUUCAGUGAUCAAUGGCUAUGCCAAAGCUGGUGAUAUGGAAAAGGCAAUGGAGAUGAUUAGGACAAUGGAGAGUAGGGGGUUGAAACCAGAUGUCUAUACUUACACCGUUAUUAUGAGUGGCUAUGCAAAUGGAGGUCAGAUGGAUGAGGCUUGCAAAAUCCUUUCUGAAGCCAAAAAGAAGCAUUCUAAACUGAGCCCUGUGACUUACCAUACGCUAAUCCGUGGCUUUUGCAAACUGGAAGAGUUUGACAAGGCUUUGAAGCUGAUGAGUGAGAUGGAAGAUUUUGGGGUUCAAGCUACUGUUGAUGAGUACCAAAAGUUGAUACAAUCUCUUUGCCUUAAGGCUUUAGAUUGGGAAACAGCGGAGAAGCUGCUAGAGGAAAUGAAAGAGAAAGGGUUACAUCUCAAUGGGAUUACGAGGGGACUAAUAAAAGCAGUCAAGGAGCUCAAUGAGGAGGUUUUGGGGACUGGACAAAUGAUUACAGAGGCCUAACUUGUUUACUGGCCCUUGUCAUGGAAGUAUUAUCAGGAUGUGAAGGAGGGGAGGAUUAGAAGGCAGUUGAUUUUGUUGAUGACAGUUGGUACUCAUCUCUUUUCAUCUAUAGGGUGGAAAAAGGGUAUAAAAUGAAAGCUUCAAAUUUCUUGAACAUUGUGUUAGUUCUUUUUGUAGGAUUUGUAUGUUAAAAUAGCUUUGAGACUAAGCAGAGGUAUGUGCCCCAAAGGCUGGGAGUAAGUGACUGCUGUUAACAUCAUUUCAUUCAAUUUUCAGUUUUUCUGUAUUCAUUUCUCCCACAACGAGAUAAUUGACAUAAGUUGGGCUUUUCCCCCAGAUUGACUCCUUA